AUGGGGCCCCUGGGCAGACUGGCAACUCAUGGGGCCCCUGUGUCCUUGCCCAAACUCAGAAAAGCCUAUGAAAGAGGUACCAAGGGCAUCUCAUGGGGCCCCCUACUGAACCCGGGCCCUCGGGCAGUGCCCAAGUUUCCAAAUUGUCAGUCCGCCCCUGCUUACUAUUGCAUUGCAGUGAUGUGAUAUAUUACUCUGCCUGUUUAUUUACUGAGUGUGUCUACUGACCUGUGAUGCAGUGUGUUUGUUUUGCCCUUUUCAAAUAUGGCUGUUGUGCCUUCUGUGUUGUGUGUUAAAGUCAU